AAACAGAGCAUGAAGAUCUUAUGGAAGAGUUGCUGUGCUGCCUCAUUCAGCUGAUUGUUGAGAUUCCUCUUCUAGACAUAACAUACAGCAUUUCUAUGGAAGCUGUAACGACGCUUAUUGUUUUCCUCUCCUGCCAACUUUUCCACAAGGAAAUUCUGCGGGAAAGCAUCGCACAUAAAUACCUCAUGCAUGGUCGAUGUCUCCCCUACGUUAGCAGACUUGUGAAAACUUUGCUGUACAAUUUCAUCAGACAAGAAAAAAGCCCUCCCCCGGGUAGCCACGUUUUUCAGCCAGAGUCAGAUGGAGGAGGACUGCUUUAUGGAAUAGCAUCAGGAGUAGCAACUGGCCUGUGGACAGUCUUCACAUUAGGAGGUGUGGGAAGCAAACGUGCUCCUCAGCAGGAUGAGUCUUCGCCUCUCGCUAAUCAAAGUCUUCUGCUGCUGCUUGUGCUAGCAAACCUGACAGAUGCCCCAGAUACACCCAACCCUUACAGACAAGCAGUUAUGUCCUUCAAGAACACACAAGAUAGCACAGUACUUCCUUCACCAAAUCCUUACACUUUCCAGAUUAAUUUCAAUAGUUUAUACACCACUUUGUGUGAACAGCAGAACUCUGAUCAAGCGACCCUCCUUUUGUACACUCUGCUGCAUCAGAACAGCAAUGUUCGGACAUAUAUGUUGGCUCGAACAGAUAUGGAAAACUUGGUUCUGCCAAUUCUUGAGAUUCUUUAUCGUGUUGAAGAAAGGAACUCACACCAUGUUUACAUGGCUCUGAUAAUUUUGUUAAUUCUUACUGAAGAUGAUGGCUUCAAUCGAUCCAUUCACGAAGUGAUACUGAAAAAUAUUACCUGGUACUCAGAGCGUGUGCUAACAGAAAUCUCACUCGGAAGUCUCCUGAUCCUGGUAGUAAUAAGAACUAUUCAGUACAACAUGACAAGAACAAGGGACAAAUACCUUCAUACAAAUUGUUUGGCAGCUUUAGCGAAUAUGUCAGCACAGUUCCGCUCACUUCAUCAGUAUGCUGCUCAGAGGAUCAUCAGUUUGUUUGCACUGUUGUCCAAAAAGCACAACAAAGUUUUGGAGCAGGCCACACAAUCCUUGAGAAGUUCCCUCACUUCAGACGACUCUCCACUUCCAGAUUACGCACAGGAUCUGAACGUAAUUGAAGAAGUCAUUCGGAUGAUGUUGGAGAUAAUCAACUCUUGCUUUACAAACUCUCUGCAUCAUAACCCGAAUUUAGUGUAUGCAUUGCUUUACAAGCGAGAUCUUUUUGAGCAAUUCCGAACUCAUCCCUCUUUCCAAGAUAUAAUGCAGAAUAUAGAUCUGGUGAUCAGCUUUUUUAGCUCACGGAUUGAACAAGCUGGAGCUGAGCUGUCAGUGGAGCGGGUUCUGGAAAUCAUCAAACAGGGCGCUGUUGCACUGCCCAAAGACAGGCUCAGAAAAUUUCCAGAGCUGAAGUUCAAGUACGUGGAAGAGGAACAACCUGAGGAGUUCUUCAUCCCUUACGUCUGGUCUCUGGUGUACAAUUCUGCAGUGGCGCUUUACUGGCGGCCCCAAGACGUCCAGCUCUUCACGAUGGAUUCUGGCUGACGGGCAGAGCGAUUGCGAUGCCAGUGCGUUUCCGUGGCACCCCUUUUCCCAGAACGCAACCCCUUCGAUUUGAACCCUACUCAGAAAGACGUUAGUUACUCUUGAGCAAAUCCUGCUGCUGUUUGCAAGGGGCAUUGCUGGACACCAGAAUAUUGUGAGGACUCUGAACAGAUUGUACACUAACGUUUAUUUAUAUGUUUGUAAAGCCAAGAGAUUUUUGCAUUGGAAAUGGCUGUUGGUUUGGGGCAUCUCAUGCACAGUAAGACAUGAGCAGUGGCCAGCUUUGAAAAGAAAAUACAAGAAGUCAGCAUUUGCAGGUCAAUUUCCUUUGAGCUUUCCAGGGGGCUGGUGGGGUUUCACACACACACCCGCCUUGGCUAUACGCUUCUCAUUUGAUCUUCACAAUAUUCUUCCUCACAAGACGUUCACACACUUUAACCCUCCAUAUAAUUGAAAUUCAUGCAGUUCAAAGCAACGUUUUUGCAUUCUUGAUAUGUAACUUUAUGGCAGGAAAGUUUGAAAAAGUCAGUGCUUUCGUGAGGGGUAGGAUAUUCAGUAAGGACACGUCAUUUUGAGAAAAUGUUGCCGUUUCUCUUUUCUGACUAGCCAAGAUUUAUGGAUGUCCUGCCAUAAUUUCUGCUGCGGGACAAGCCUCUGUCUCAGUAAGGCUUUUGCAGGAGAUGCUUCUGUUGGAUCCAGGAGUGGUCCAGGGUUUGAGCAGGGGCGCAAUUUAAUCUAAACUGAUGUGGUGAGGUACCCCCUCCCAAGUCAGACCACAGACCACCAGUAGCUCCAUCAGAACAUUCAAUUCCACGGUGCGUUAUCACAAAGUUACCUGUUGGAUGUGCUUCUCACAGGCUCUCUGAGAUGAUGGAGAACAUCACAUUCAAACCACAGCUAUGAAAGGGAUCAAAAGAACACGAAACACAGGCAGAUGUAAUGCCCUUUCAGGAAAUCAGGGUUUGCCACAGAGUUGCCAAGGUCAGGACAUAAUUCUCUGAAUGUUGAAAAAAUGAAUAUCCUGAAAUAUGCCUUUUUUAAACAUCCACCAUAAAAGAUAAUUGGCAUUGUGUUGUUUUUGCAAGUAGAAGGAAAAAGAAGGGGAAAUGUUAAUGUAAGGUUAUCUUUUCACACCGAAUGUGGGCUUGUGGUGGUUACCUUUAAAUGAGCAGGACAAACCCAACUGCAGAGGAAGGGGAACUGAUAAAACAUAUCAGGUUAUUGUCUCACCCAGCAUGGUUUGUUACAAAAUAAAUAUGGCACAUUUUCUUAAACAAGGAAACUUUCUGAACAGCCUUAGGAUAUUCCACUUUUUAAAUAACUUCUGGACAAAUGGUAGAACUGGAUUUUUUUCUUUCCACCUUUGAUAAGCAAGAUCCUGUAAAGUACUUUGUACAAUUGGAAAUUAAAGACCCUUUACUAUUUAUUUAAAACUGCAAAUGUAGACACAGUUAUCGUACUUUUUUUUUAUUCGCACAGAAACAAAUUUGGGGAAAUAGCAAUAGUUGUCCACUGAGUUGUCAGCAUUAUCAGCGUUUUCAGUGUAACAUUAAAAGCAGAAUUGAAUGGGAAGCUAAAAGAGGAGUUGACAAUGUUAUGCUGUGUUUGGGCUUCAUUUUUUCUUUUCUGGAUGAACUCUUUGUAGUGUUUUCUGUAUACCUUUCUUUUAAAUAAAAGACUGUUGACUGCACUGCCAAAAAAAAAGGUCAGUGUUUUAAAGAUGCAUUCCCAUGC